AUGCCUGGACUAGUCCUGUUCGGGACAUCAAAGCUGCCCGCUCUUGAAAUAAACAAUGUCCCCGUUGACACAGACGCACACAACCACUCAGAUCAGACGACAAUGCCAUUCCUUAAUCUGCCACAGGAAACCCUUCGGCAGAUUAUCUCAUAUCUCUCUAACCGCGAUGUGGCUGCUCUUUCAACCCAAUGCCGCACAUUCCACACUCUGUGCGACAUGGCGACGCGCCAGAAAUAUGAUCACAUCAUUGUGUCCUCCAAAGAAAAAUCAAUUGACAAUGCCUUUGACAUGCUCAUGAGCAUUCUGAAAAAUCCUACUUUGGGCCAAAGUCAAAUACCAACGAGACCUGAGCAACGAGGAGAUGGAUCUCGUGCGGAAAGUAGUCAGAACGGCCGGAUUACAGGACCAAAAGAGGAGCCAAUCGUCAAUAUGCUCAUGCAGAGGAUUACGAAAGCGGGACGUUAUCUGGAUGGACAGCGUAACCGCCCCGGUACAUUCAUCUGUCAAGCUUUGACUAUCAUGUUGAUUGUGGUAUCACCGAACCUCACGUCAAUGGCCUUCGUACCUCCCUGUUGCGGUGACAAGGACUUCCCGCUUGCAGUGUUCCUCACCGAGGCCAACGCUAGUCCGAAGAACAAGCCAUAUCUCCGCCUUCUCUCCGAUGUUACUCUGAUCACCCAAAGCGUGUACCACUGGGAAGAUCAAAGGUGGCUUUGGAUGCGAGAGCGCUUCUUCAGGUUCUUGAAUUACGUGGAUAACCUCCUGUCCAUUGAAUCUGUCACCACUGACUUCGUGGAGAGUGAGACAUACAGCCUGUACAGGCAUGGUUUCAAAGUUGGAUACUCUAAUAUCAGCAGAAUAUUCAUUAAUCGCUCGUCCCUUGAUUCUUUGUCGCUUGCGGUCCUGGUAUCUUCGUUCAAGGUUCUCAGGGAAAUCCAAUAUUAUGCUGGAGGCGGUUCACUUUGGGACACGCCGUUCGAUCCUAAGUCAUUUCUUAAAGCGAUGUGCCGGCACAAAGACACACUUGAAAUCCUGGAUGUUGACGUCGCAUGCCAAUUUAAUUUACUUGAAAUCAAAGACAAAGAAAGGAGGGAAUUCGCUAUGGACCACCAAGAAAGCGAUCCUGACCCCUAUUCAAGCAAGGAACGUCGCGAAUUUGUUUCGCAAGUACAGAGUCACUAUGGAACCCUGAAAGACUUUGUGGCCUUGAAAAGGCUGAGCUUGGGAAUAGAUUUGCUCCUGUACUUCGCCAAGGGCAUCAGCUUCGACUGGACAUCCCCAGGGGAGUAUUUCAAUGCACCCUUGAUAGACUGUUUGCCAGAUUCGCUGGAAUAUCUGUGCGUUCGGGGAUACCGCAAGGGCGUGAACCGAAAACACGAUAAAGAUAUGAAGAAGUUGUUAGCCCAUUUGAAAAGAAAAAAGUCUGGGUCAUCUUCACUGAAGGAGAUCAAGGGAAUUGAAGAAACUAUUCCAGUUGUCCACGACCCAAAUCAUCACGACGAAGACCCCUUGAUAUGGGCCUUGGAGCCUCUGAACGAUAGUGACAGUGGGAGUGAGACUUAG